UAUUAAUUAUAUAAUUAUAUAUACACACAUAUGUAAUAUGCCUGCUUGUUUUGUGUGUGCAUCGUGCAGAGCUUGCUUUUUUACAUCAGUUCUCAGAAAAUUGCAGAGCAAAAUCAUUACUAUUUGGACUGACUCUUGCUUUUCUCUGUUUUUUAAUUUUAAUUUUUUUAUUAUUUCUUGGGAUGCCCUUGAGAUGCAAAUUAAUUGUCAAUUUUGUCCCAUCCCACUCACCAGUACUGUUGCACCACCCAUAAAUGCAGAGUUUUUAUUUUUUAUUUUUUAAUAGAAUUUAACUUUUUGCUUGGCCCUGAAUUUGUGAAGGCAAUGGAGAUGAAAAUGGAAAUGGGUUUUUAGCAGCGGCCAAAAAGGAGGAUUUUUCGCAACGGGUUAAUCUUGAUCUUGGAAUUGGGAGGUACGCGUGCGAUGAAGAAGAAGAAGGGCUGAAGGGGAAUGAGAAAAUCAACAAACAGGGAAAAAAAGAUUCGAUUUUUACUGCUGCCCAGUUUUGUGAUUUCUAUAAUCAGUGCUUGUGUAUAACAACAUAGCCUGUGGUCUGCCCUCUCCACCUUUUUCUUCCUGUUUGGAUAAGUGUGUUUAACUCAUUGGGUCCUUCUCUGUACAAAUUUUGUCCCAGCUUCAUAGAUUUCAGUACAAAGAUGGAUUUGGAGCCAGAUAGGUGUAGAAGAACCGACGGGAGAAAAUGGAGGUGCUCGAAAAAUGUCGUUCAAAACCAGAAAUACUGUGAAGGACACAUGCAUAGAGGAAGCAAAUGUUCAAGAAAGCAUGUGGAAUUUGAUAGAAGUCAACCGAGUAAAAAACGCAACGGUUUCGUGCCGAAGAGUGUUCUCGGUGAAGACAAAGUUAGCCCCGGCCAAAAGAGUGUCACCGAAAGAACGGAUCUGAAUCAGGACUACUGUGAGAUGCAAAAGGUCGUGGGGGCAAAAAGGGUAAUCUCAGGUCCACAACAGCACACGAGUAAUAAACUCCAAGCCACCUUAGCUCGUGCAACGGCAAAGAGUGUUGACAAGAGCAUUAACCUGAACAAUUAUACGGGCAGCAGCAGUGAUGUUGAUACCAUCUCAGAUGAAAAGAUUAACUUUUGUGUUUCGGAUUAUAUUUCUGACUGAUGAGUUUGAAGUAAAGAAGUUAUUUAGUUUUGGCGAGGAUACUUGAGUGUGGGUUUGGUGGUGGCAAGAACUUGUUAGUCGAUUCAAUAUAUCUUUAGUAGUGUUUUACUGUUGGGUGAAUUUUAGUAACAUUAGUUGUAUUGUGCUUUGUACCUGAGCCUGUGUUCUGAUACUUGCAUUGGUUGUAGCUUGGAUUAGUAAUUGGUCAAUUCUAAAGAGAAUUUGCUUGUGAGAUAUGAUUUUUAUCUAUAAAAAU